GCGAUUCAAAUCAGUCGCUCACAAACUUCAAAGUGCAUUUUCUGAUUUCCCAGCCAAAAUUACAUAAAUGGUUCAUCCAUAAUUCAUUAACUUUUAUCCGAUCAACCGUGAUUUUUUCCUCCACGUUUCUGCAAAACCUACACCGUUUAUCGUAAAAAAUAUUUCCCAGCUCAAUGUGGAUAAUUUGCGUACUGCCAUCCGGACAUUGAACUUGACAUCGAUUGCGGCUGUGUUAACGAUCUAAUCUGAUCAACAUGGCAUGACUCAACGCGUUUACUCAGUGAUACAGGAUAAAUUAUUGUUUUUGGAUGGAUGUCCUGCGCAACGGUCAUCCCGCUGACCACCUCCCCCUGUCCGACCAGGAGGAUGACGAAGACACAGGGAACCCCAUGGAUAACGAGAACGCCCUGCGGCAGGACCUCCUGGCCCGCCUCCAGUCGCCCCACCUGGCCGCGCAGCUCAAAGCCCAGAUGCGCGCCACCCUGGCCCUGCACCUCACCCCGUCGCACAUCCUCACCGCCCAACCCGCCGACCGCCCUCCGGACCCCCUACGGGAGCUGUCGCACGCCGUGGUGGCUCAGCAUCUCCGCGCGUCCGCCUGUGAUUUCAGCCUGUCCGUCUUCCUCCCGGAGAGCGGACUGAACAGCCACGUCCAUCCCAUGCCGCGGGGGGAUCUCCUGCGCUUCCUGCGGGUAAAGGGGCCCGUGUCCGGGGAGGAGGGGAGUUUUUUGAGUUGGCUGAUGCAGAAGCUGCCGGUGAAUGUGGAUGAAGGGGUCGGGUGGAAUGGGGAGCGGAAGCAGGGGGGUGUCGGGCGGGAGGUCCAGACGGAGGUGGAUGAGGAACGGGAGCUGGCGUUGGAGGAACGGUUGAGGAUGGUGGAGGUGCGGAGACGAUUGGGAUGGGAGCAGACGGGACGGUGGGAUGUCGCCGCAGCGUUUGAACGUUACGAAGCCAAUCUGGCAUCCAACCUCCGCGCCGCUAUUCGGCACGAGCUCACCCAGACCCACAACGCCGACAUGAAGCAGCGGCUGGACGAGGAGAAAUCCCGCCACACCCGCGAACUCCUCAGCGUUACCGCCAACUGGGAAGCGCGGAUGCGCGACCACACCGCCGCCUACGACGCCAUGCACCAGCGCCUCCAUCUCGCCGAACAAGCGCAGUUCGCGCAGCGACAGGAGCUGCUGCAGCAGCAGGAGGUGCUGCAGCAGCGCGAGGAGAAGGCGCGCCACGCCGAGGAGGACGGUCGGCGCCGGUUGGCCGGGCAGGAGGAAGAGCUGGUCACCAAGGCCAAACAACUGGCGGAGCUGUCGCAGCGGUUGGAGAAUAAGAACGCCGCCGUGGGGCAGUUGGUGGAGCAGAAGGUGGUGGAGGCGUUGAAGAGCCGUGGGAAGGAGCUGGACGAGCGGGAAGAGCGGCUGAAGAAAGAGGAAGCCACACUGAUGAAACUGAAGGAACACCUGACCCGCACCAUCAUCUCCGACGACGACCUCCCGCCCUCCGCCCCGCCGCUCACCGAACCGAAACCCUUCAUCCAGAAAAUCAAAGCCGAAUUCUCCCGGCUACACCGCGAGAACCAGAAGCUCAAGGCGGCGGCCACCGCCCACUCCGACUACGACGCCCUCAAGACCCGUCUCCACGACGCCGACACCGAGGCUGCCCACCUCCGCCGCCAGCUGGCCGCCCUCCAAGCCGAGAUGACGCAGGAACGACAGGAGCACACCGCCACCGUCCGCGAGCUGACGGAGAAGAUGCUGCAGCCGGAGCGCGGGAUGGAAGCGUUGCGCCGCGAGGCGGGGGCUGCGGAGAAGAACCUGCUGGAUGGGGUGCGCUGGGAGGGGGAGCGGGCGCGGCUGCGGGGGCUGAUUCGGGAGAAGACCCGGGAAGUGGAGGACUGGAGGAAUCGGUGGAGUGACCAGAAGGAGCGGUAUGAGCAGUUGAAUGGGAGGAUGGCGCGGAUGCAGGGCGUGGCGUCGCAGGCCACCUGGAUGAUGAUGCAGCCGCCGGCGCAGUCAGUUGCGCACACCCCCGUGAUCUCCAUGCCCCCGCCCCCCACCCGCGUAAGCGCCGAACCCCCGGCGCACGACCACGCCGCCCCCGACGAACCCUCCUCCGUCUCGCUGCGCUCCAUCAGCGAAGCGAAGAAACGCAUCCGUGCCUUAGAACAGGAAGCGAACCAGAUGCAGGAGCACUUUCUCCAGUAUCGCCGCUACGUCACCGACACCUGGAGCAACACCACCAACGGCCCCACCGUCCGCUCCCCCCGUCUGGAGACCACCCCGGCGGCGCGCACCUCCGGGCUGAUCCUCAACCCGGCGGCGCUGGCGCACAGCUCCACCUACUCGUAUCUCGACGCGCGGAGCAACGGGAGUGUCCAGCGCACCGCGUCGGUGCAGUACGAACGGAUUAAUUAUCCUCGGAACGAGCCGUCCGCCUACCGCAUUCCGGUGGCGGUAGAGAACGGUGGGGCGCGGAAAUCGCUGCAUCUGGAGUUGAAGGAGGCCGCGGAGGAGAGCCGGCAGCGGCGGAAUAUUGAGGCGGAUGUGGCCGAGCUGCUGGAUGAUGAACGCCCGACGCCGGCCACGGAAGGGAGUGGUUGGUGACCUUUUGGGAGUGUUCUGCGGGAUCCUGAGGAGAGUCGCUUCGAGAGAAUUUAAUCAGGAUUCUUUGGAUUGGCUGGUGACCUUUUGGAAGUGUUCUGAGACAUGCUAGGGAUGGUUGCGUUAAAAGGGAUGUAAUCAGGAUUUUUGGGAGGAGCUCGUGACCUUUAGGACAUCCUUCGGGACGUCCCAUUAGAGGGGAGAAUAAUCAGGAUUUUUCGGACAGCAAUCUCGGUUUGGUUCUUUCUAGUGUAUAGAGUGGAGUCUAUUGACUUUUUGCGUUGAUUUCUUGUGUUCCUAAAUUUCGGCCUGUGUAAAGCUUUGCUCUGGUCUACGAAUGAGAAUUUUAUUCUGUAUUUUUGAUCUCAGUUUUUGUGUUUGUAAACUUGAGUAUUUUGCUUUUUCGUGGGUACUGUGAGUUUUUUUGUGUUGCGAGGUCUGUUUGUUAGCGUGAAAAUAAGUAUUUUGUUUAUUUAUUCCAAAUAGGAAAGUCAUGACAAAUAUUGUAUUAAA